AGUUUCUGUAUUCCGGGGUGAUGCCUGUCUGUCUAUGUUUGAGGCGUGAUCCUCCUCAGAUUCCUGUCCCAGUAUGUCGUGAGAUCCCUGCAUGUAUUUAAUGCGUGAUCCGGUUUGCAUUUACUGACGGAUCCUGUCUGUCUCCUUGCAUAAUCCUGUCUGCAUCCCUGUGUGAUCUGUCUGAAUUUCGCGUGAUCCUGCCCGCUUGCAAUCUGCGAUCCUGCUGUUUGCAAUCUGUGAUCCUGCCUGCUUUUUAAGGUGCGAUCGGCCCCUGUUUUAUUAUGUCGAUUCAAGGUGUCCGUGCCCCUGUGUGAUCUGUCUGCGUUUUGCAUGAUCCCUGUCUACAUGCAAUGUGUGCUCCCUGUCUGUAUCCCGGUGUGACCCCAGUCCGUCGGGUUUGCCGAGCGAGCGCCUCCCCUUGCCUCCGCAGUCCGGCUCCGGCUCCGGCUCCAGGACGGGUUGCGCUGGAUGCUCUGACUGAGGCUGAGGCUCUUGUUUACCAGCGAGCUCGGAGCCUGAGUCAGAGACACGGCGGGCGGACCAGCAGCCUCCGAGAGAGAGAGAGAGGGAGAGGGAGAGAGACAGACACACACACGUUCAGAGGCAGGGAAGCCGCGGAGCCCGCUCAACCUGCGCUGCCGGAGACCGAGGACGAGCCCAGGGACCGCAAGCCCAGCGCAGGGUCGCCGCCGAGAGCACCUUUCCCGGGGAGCGAAGGGUCCUUGUAGCACCCCCCUCUCUAUCCUGGAAAAAUCCCAACGCGCCACGCUUUGCCUUUUGCUUCCCUCCCCCCUCUGUCUCUCCUUCCCAGGCUCCAAACAAACAACAGGGGUAAAAAAAUCCAGCUUUUAAUUAAGAAAAAUUGGGAGAGGAGGGGAGAAAAUGCAUCUUUAAAUCGCUUCAGAGAGAGAGAGGGAAGGCAGGGGUUCAGUUCUGCAGUUUGUGCAGGAAUUGUUUUCUCUUGCUUUGGUAAAAUAUAUCUACUGUAUAUUUCUUUUUUUUUCUUGUUUUUUUUCUCAAAGGAAUGGAGACUGAGGAUGGGGAGUUCCAGAACAGCUUGUGUUUGCUAAAUUUCACAAUGAGACACAGACAAGGUUGAGGGGGAAAAAAGCCAAGAAAAAAAACAAAGGAUACUGUAGCAGGAAAAAAGGAAGAAAACAGUUUAAAUUUGCAAGAGUUACUUUUUUUCCCUUCCUCCAUCCCAUUUUCUUAACAUUAAAGUACCCCAGCCUAGUUAAAAUUAGAGGUUCAUUAAAUCUGGAGUUGCUCCUUUUUUGUUUUUGUCGUUGGGGGUUUUGUUUGACGAUUUGUUUUCAUUCGGUGGCGGAGACGGUCGGUAUGCUUUGGUGGGGUCCACAAAUGGGAACCAAGUCUGGAACAAAGAGGGGCUCCGUGACCUUGUGUUGGGGUUUGGUCGCUCUCUGCGUCUCACUCGCUCUGGGACAUACUCAUAUCGAAAUAUGCAAUGGCAUGGAUAUUAGGAACCAGGUGUCGGAUCUUCGGCAGCUGGAGAACUGCACCAUCAUUGAGGGUUACCUGCAAAUCCUGCUAAUCAGCGGCAAGGCGGAGGACUUCCGUGCCCUGCGAUUCCCAAAGCUGACCGUCAUCACUGAGUACCUGCUGCUCUACCGCGUCUACGGGCUCGAGACGUUGCGGGAUCUCUUCCCCAAUCUCGCCGUCAUCCGGGGCGUCCGCCUGUUCUUCAACUACGCUCUGGUCAUCUUUGAAAUGACUCACCUGAAGGAGAUUGGACUGUACAGUCUCCAGAACAUCACACGUGGCGCCGUGCGGAUUGAGAAAAACCACGACCUCUGUUACUUAUCCACCAUUGACUGGUCCUUUAUCCUGGAUUCUGUGGAAAAUAAUUACAUCGAUCGGAAUAAGCAGCAGAACGAGUGUGGGGAUGUCUGUCCGGGAACCAUGGAGGAUCGACCACUGUGCGUGAAGACGAGUGUGUACAACCAGUACAACUAUCGCUGCUGGAGUGCCAACCACUGCCAGAAAGUUUGCCCGAAGGCUUGCGGGAAGAGAGCCUGUAACGACAAGGGGGAGUGCUGCCACGCGGAGUGCCUCGGGGGCUGCGCUGCCCUCAACGACAACAGAGCCUGCAUGGCGUGUCGGAACUACUACUACGAGGGCCAGUGCCUCGCCAGCUGCCCCCCGGGUACCUACAGGUUCGAAGGAUGGCACUGUGUGACCAAGGAAGUGUGUGCUAAGAUCCCCGUUGAGAACCCCAAGGAGCAGUUUGCACUGCACGAUGGAGAGUGCACCCUCAUCUGUCCUUCAGGAUACACCCGCAAUGCCACCAGCAUGUAUUGUACCCCGUGUGAUGGCCCUUGCCCCAAUGUUUGCCUGGUGAAAACGGAGACCAUCGAUUCCGUCACAGCCGCCCAGUACCUGAAGGGAUGUACGGUGGUUAAUGGCAACUUGAUCAUCGCAAUCCGUAGGGGAAACAAUAUUGCUGCAGAGCUGGAAGCCAACCUCGGCCGGAUUGAGACCAUUACAGGGUACCUGAAAAUCCAUCAUUCCUAUGCCCUUGUCUCGCUUUCCUUCUUCAAGAGCCUGCGCUACAUCAAUGGGGAGGAACAGCUUGAGGGGAACUACUCCUUCUAUGUCCUGGACAACCAGAACCUCCAGCAGCUGUGGGACUGGAGCCGCCACAACCUCACCAUCAAGCAGGGCAAGAUCUACUUCGCUUUCAACCCCAAGCUCUGCGUGUCGGAGAUCUACCACAUGGUCGACGUGGCAGGGGUGAAGGGCAGACAGGGCACGGCAGACAUGGAGCAGAGGACGAAUGGGGACCGAGCUUCCUGUGAAAGACGCAUCUUGAAAUUCACAAGUAAUUCCACUGCAAAGAACAAGAUAAUAUUGAAGUGGGAACAUUAUCGCCCGCCAGACUACAGGGAUCUCAUCAGUUUCAUCGUGUACUACAAGGAAGCGCCCUUUCAGAACUUGACUGAAUACGAUGGGCAGGAUGCUUGUGGCUCCAACAGCUGGAACAUGGUGGAUGUGGACCUUCCCCAGAGCAAGAACCAAGAACCAGGGGUGUACUUGUCGAAUUUAAAGCCCUGGACUCAGUAUGCUAUUUUUGUCAAGGCAAUCACCCUUGCUGUCUCUGAAGACGGCCGGAACUAUGGGGCAAAGAGUGAAAUCGUCUACAUAAAGACAAACGCCUCAGCUCCUUCGGUUCCCCUGGAUGUGGUGUCAGUGUCCAACUCCUCGUCUCAGCUCGUAGUGAAGUGGAAGCCGCCCGCUCUUUCGAACGGGAACAUCACCUAUUACCUGGUGCGCUGGCAGCAGCAACCAGAGGAUGCCGAACUUUACAAACAUGACUACUGUCACAAAGGUCUGAAGCUGCCCACCAGGAUCUCGGCCACAGGGACUAUUGACCUGGAUGGCAAUGGCGAUUCCAAACCCUCCGAUAAGAAUGGCCAGGGACAGUGCUGUGCAUGCCCAAAGACCCAGGCUGAGAUCAAUGCCGAAGCCGAGGAAGUCAUGUUUCAGAAGUCCUUUGAGAAUUUUCUGCACAACUCCAUCUUCAUGCCCAGGCCGUUACGCAAGCGCAGAGACACCUUCGGAGUGGCCAACGCAUCCCUCCCUGUAAAUGGCACCAAACCACCUGAGCCGCACCAGAACAGCUCUGACCCCGAGAGGAAGCAAGACUACCCUUUCUACGAAAGCAAAGUACGGUACAGUGACAGGACGGUCAUCUCCAACCUGCGGCAUUUCACCACGUACCGCGUCGACAUUCACGCCUGCAACCACGAAGCCCAUAAGCUCGGCUGCAGUGUUUCCACCUUUGUGUUUGCAAGGACCAUGCCGAUAGAUAAAGCUGACAACAUACCGGGCCCGGUGAUUUGGGAGCCUGGUGACGAUGACACAAGCAUUUACCUCAAGUGGCCAGAGCCACCCAGUCCCAAUGGCCUGAUUCUGAUGUAUGAAGUGAAGUACAGUCGUGGAGACAAUGAGAUUCAGCAGGAGUGUGUCUCCCGACAGCGCUACAGGUCGAGCAGCGGUGGCUGUAAGCUGGACAGACUGAGCCCCGGUAAUUACACUGCCGAGGUGCGGGCGACCUCGCUCUCCGGGAAUGGUUCCUGGACUGACCCGGUGAUGUUCUACAUCAAAGCCAAACCACCUGGUCCUGAUAACCUCAUGCAGUUAAUCAUUGCUCUGCCAAUUGCACUGCUGUUGAUGAUAAUUGGUCUGAUAUUAACACUGUAUUACUUCAACAAGAAGCGAAACAACGAUCGGCUUCCAAAUGGAGUCCUUUACGCAUCUGUGAAUCCUGAGUACUUCAGUGCUGCUGACAUGUACGUGCCGGACGAGUGGGAGGUUCCACGGGAGAAGAUGACCAUGUGCCGCGAGUUGGGCCAGGGCUCCUUCGGGAUGGUGUAUGAGGGGAUCGCCAAGGGCGUGGUGAAGGGGGACACAGAGACGAGAGUGGCCAUCAAAACGGUGAACGAGUCGGCCAGCAUGCGCGAGCGCAUCGAGUUCCUCAAUGAGGCAUCGGUCAUGAAGGAGUUCAAUUGCCAUCACGUGGUCCGCCUGCUUGGUGUGGUGUCCCAGGGGCAGCCCACCUUGGUGAUCAUGGAGCUGAUGACACGCGGGGAUCUGAAGAGCUACCUGCGUUCACUGCGGCCAGACGCAGAGAAUAAUCCCGGCAAACCACCACCCACCCUGAAGAAGAUGACCCAGAUGGCAGGGGAGAUUGCUGACGGCAUGUCUUAUCUGAAUGCUAACAAGUUCGUUCACCGAGAUCUGGCUGCUCGAAACUGUAUGGUGGCAGAGGAUUAUACUGUAAAGAUCGGAGAUUUUGGGAUGACACGUGAUAUCUACGAGACGGAUUAUUACCGGAAAGGAGGGAAGGGGCUUCUGCCAGUCCGUUGGAUGUCGCCAGAGUCCCUGAAGGAUGGAGUUUUCACCACACACUCUGAUGUCUGGUCGUUUGGCGUAGUCCUGUGGGAGAUCGCCACGCUGGCUGAGCAGCCCUAUCAGGGCAUGUCUAACGAGCAGGUGCUGCGCUUCGUAAUGGAGGGCGGCUUACUGGAACGGCCGGAGUCCUGCCCCGACAGCUUGUUCGAGCUGAUGCGCUUGUGUUGGCAGUACAACCCCAAGAUGCGGCCCUCCUUUAUGGAGAUUAUCGAGAGCAUUAAGGACGACCUGGAGCCGUCCUUCCAAGAGGUUGCCUACUUCUACAGCGAGGAGUGCAAGAACCGUGACUUGGAGGAGUUUGAGAUCGAGACAGAGAACAUGGAGAGCGUUCCCCUUGACCCCUCCUCCACUCUGCAGCACACGGACAAACACUCCGGCCACAAGGUGGAGAAUGGGCCCGGCAUUGUCCUGCGAGCCAGCUUCGACGAGCGGCAGCCAUACACCCACAUGAACGGGGGCAGGAAGAACGAGAAGGUGUUGCCUUUGCCCCAGUCAACAACCUGCUGAUCCCCUACACGCAAACGCACACGCAUGCACACACACAUACACAUGAAGAUGCACCUGCACAUGCACAAAUACGCACUUGCAUGCACACGUGCAUCCACACAGACGUGUACAUACAUGCACAGGCAGGCCCCCAUACAGGAAGUCACACACACACACACACGCGCGUGCACGUGUGUGCACACAUACUCAUGCACUAAUAUGCACAUGCAUACAUAGAUGCACUGGCAUGCGUAAAUGCACCCACACAGAUAUGUACACACAUGCAGACAGGCAGGCAAGCAUACUGGAAGAUAGACACAUGCACGCAGAUGUAUGUGGGCGCACACUCACAGACACACAGACAUGUGCAUGCAUAUAUACCCACACACAGACACACACACGCACACACACAUUACUGUAUCUCAGUAGAACUGAAACUGCCAUUGAUGCACAGUGGAGAGGACUCGUUUCAGUCACCACAAUAAUAUUUCAAAUGCAAGCAGUGUUCCUGGGAAGAAAAUAAAGACUUGACAGUGCUCAAGCAGGUCUCGACAGCAGGCUGCACGAACUCGUAGCAUGAGGUACUCCUUUCCCAGGACUCCCACCGCAUAGUAAACAUAUCUGAAAUCCAGCGGAGGAGCAGCUCUUAGUGGGAAUGCUGCCUGGGCUCUUCACUCCGAUCCUUGGCACCACACCUUUCCACAUCUGGAUGGACACGGGCCGUGUCUGUAUCCCUGUUAAUGAACCAACUCUGGAGAUGAUUGUGGCUGGAGAGGCUACAGCACAGACUUGUCUCGUGGGCCCUGCCAUCUCCUGCAUUCAGUCAUCUCUCGUUGCUGACAGAAAUUGCCAAAAUUUAAAGAAAAAGGAAUAGUUUUUAUUAUGACAAUUGUGUUUCGACACUUACAAAGAACGGGGUUAGGAAAGUGUUUCACAGAAAAGACAGACGCACUGAAUUUGAGUGUGUGCACACGCGUACGUGCUGAUAGAUUGUCACAUACACACACACACACACACACACACACACACACACACACACACACACACACACUCGCACAUCGUCUCACUGAUCAACCUGCCGUAUCAAUCUACACUGGGAUUAAUUUAACGCUGAAACAAAAGCCUGGAUGCCAGCAAUGGCUGAACAGCCUUGGAGGUGUUAAAAGGUCACGGGUGCAGUGAGGCAGGGCCCAGUCCACGAGGCAAGUGGUAAGACGAGGACGGAGAAGGGCGCGGCUUCUCACAAGAGCGGCCAAGGUUAAAGAAACCAGUGACAGCAAAGGACAAAAAAGAGGAGCAGUUAAGUGCUAAGUAUUCUCUGAUGUGCUCAGUAGAAUUAUAGUGAUUGGGUCUUGCAGUUCUAUGUUUGACCAUAAACCUUUGGAUACUCAUUGUGUCACUUUUAUAACUUUUAUGGUUUAUUAUCGAUCUGUCUUUAAAGAAAAGCUGCUAUAAUUUUUUUCCUUAACUCUGGAGAUGAAAUCAACUUUACCUUUCGUUCCUCUUACCCGGCCUCCCUUUCCAUUUAGUUUUUCUUCAACCAACCCUUCAGCGCCUUGUACAGUGCUUCAAAUUGACUUUUAUUUCUUCUUGGUAUUGGUUCCAACCGCGUGGCUGCCUCGAGCUGCCGCCUUUGUGUUUGUUUUGAGAGAGGAAUGAAUACAAAUGGGAAGAUAUUUCCUUGCGUUGUCGCCUAUCACCUUAGCUCAGCGCAUGAAUACAAACUGUUCUCUUCCCAGCACAGCCUAGCAGAAAUGUUCCUUGUGAACUUCCAUCUAAAUCAGUACAGGGCGUGAUAAAAACUAUACUCAGGUCAAACAGUUUAAUACUAGUACGUGUCUUUCUCAGUGUCUCCAUGUUAAUUUUUGUUCAUAAGUAGAAAAUUGUUUUGCUCUUCACCAAAACAACCCAGAACUUUUUUUAAAAAGAAAAGCAAACUGGGUUAGAUAUCCUGAAAGCUCUUUAAAUAUAAUGUUUUUUUUUAAAUUUCAGCUGCAUAUCUUUAACUCUUUCCUGUCCAGGGUUUUAUCUAUGAUUUUCUAAUUAUUACCAGCAAGGGGUUUGAGCAGACCAGAGACCAUGGCAGUUGUGUUGUCUGUUAACUGACUCCACAUUCUGCUGAUGGCCUGACGUUUUGCAGAGUUGUCCUUUGUCUUUCGGAGUUGUACAAUUUCAUAGUGAUUGCUUUCAUCUCUUGGUGGCCAUCAUUAACAGUGGCUUUCAGUAAAGGGUAUCAAUUCACCAAAUUCAGUAACUCGCUGGUAAUAACCAGUCCGUUACUUGACACCCAGGUGACAUCACCAAAUCUUAACUAUCACGAGGCAGCAAACUCCAACCAUCGGGGAAGGUAAGGGUUCAAGUAUGAAGAAACAAUCAUAGUUUGGCCAGCGGUUAAUCUUCUUUGACUGGAUUGUAAAGGGGAAGCGCCCCGAUAUUUUGAUAUCUGAUCUUUCCAGACAUGGCUUCCCACCGCAAGGUCCCACCACAAGGCUUUGGGCGUUGAGACAACGCAACUAAUAGGUGUGGGUCGGUGGGAGGAAACAAUGUGGCAUCUCCUACUUUAUAUCCCAUUGUGACUUGCCCCACAGUGUCCCCUCUCUCAGCAGGAUGUGGAGAGGCACUCGCUUUGUACCCCCGCCAAGUGUGAAAGGUGCUGACUCAGGGCUUCUGGAGACAGCACCUGUUUGUGCGGCUGGUUAGCACCCUGUUUUGCCCUAGUGCUGGCAGAAACAAUUCCAAGGAGCCUUUCAUUGAAAGGAUAUUCUCCACCUGGACUGGAAGGCAGUUAACUUAAAUACAGGAGCAGAGAAAUAUAUACAAAUAAAUAACGACUGAAAUUUGUGACCAGAUGUAACUUUAAAGUUUAUAGUGAGUUUUUUUUUGCUUUAUUCCUUUGCUAGAUUAGUUCUUGCUUCCUGUUUGCUGCUGUCCCAAUGCAUUAUUUUCACAAUUCUGUUAAUUAAAAGGUAAUCUAUGUAGGAUUUUUUUUUAAUUUAUUUUGUAAUAUCAGUUAAAAUCACUGUAAAAUGACCUGAAUUCAAAUCAUUACUGAUUGAAGAGUUGUAUUUUAAAUGUUACCUGACAGGGGGACAGUUUUUUUUGUUGAUGUUUUUAAAUGUUUAUCUACCUCUUAUUUUUUAUAUAUAUUAUAUAUAAAAUACAUCUCGCAUUCAGCAAUCUGAGAGACAGUACAGUAUCCGGAAAACCUCAGUAAUUCACAAACCACAUCACACUACAGACGUCUUUGGAGAAGGGCUGGUUGCUGGUUUUUACAGAGGUCACCCACUCGGUGAGGAAGGUGAACACAUGCCAAAUUAAUCCGUACAAAUUUGAGGAUGGCCAGACCCAUCACAUCUUCCAUGGAUGUGUUGCCGUGUCGACCAGUGCAGGUAUCCGUGGCAACUCCUCCACCACGUCAUAUUUUCAUACUGGUUUUUCUUCCCGUGUGAGGGAGUGUCAAUCCUCUGGACAUCUUUUUUUCGUUCAGCUUGCACCCUUCGGUGUCCCGACCCUCUCUCAGGCAGCAGCUAGGUGCCCCCGCCUCUCCAGAAUGGCCAUGCCCGUUCUAUUCUCAUGUCCGACAGUACUGCGCUGGCAGGCUACCUGCCUCAGGUGGGUGAGUCGGCCUCGUUUCUCUGUGGAGGAUUAGACAGGCUGACCUCCCUAUCACGGCAUCAGAAAUGUUAUUGAUCUACUGUCGAACACCCUCACUGGGCAAAUUCAGUGGAGGUUAACACCGGGCAGGGUGGCUGAGUUGGGUUUUAUAAUGGAGUCAUGGCUGGCAUUUUGUGUGGCAGGAGUACGCGAUGAGCUGGCAGUUAGUCUGAAGCUGGCUGAUGUGAAGCAGAGGUUGUGUGGCCAAGCAGCAAAGGCCAAGAUGCCCCAGAGUUUGGGAAAUGUGCCAGUUACCCCUACCCCCCAGGCAGUGGUGUCUCUCCCACCUGACACCACUAAACGUCCCCAGCACCUAGUGAAACUGCCUCACCCCUACAGGAAGUUCAAAGCCAUUGGCUGGGUUCAGCACAGAGUGAGGCUGAAGCCAUCGACUUAACUGGCCCAGCCUUUCACGUCGCCACACACUACCAAAGGAAGGACCCUAAAUGGUUCCCUCACCCACCCCACCUGAUCCCCACACCCACUCCAUCUGGUUUCCCCCACCCACCCCACCUGAUCACCUCACCCACCCCACCUGAUUCCAUCACCCACCCCACCUGAUCACCUCACCCACCCCACCUGAUUUCCCUCACCCACCCCACCUGAUCACCUCACCCACCCCACCUGAUCACCUGAUCCCCACACCCACUCCAUCUGGUUUCCCUCACCCACCCCACCUGAUCCCAUCACCCACCCCACCUGAUUUCCCUCACCCACCCCACCUGAUCCCCCCACCCACUCCAUCUGAUUUCCCUCACCCACCCCACCUGAUCCCAUCACCCACCCCACCUGAUUCCAUCACCCACCCCACCUGAUCACCUCACCCACUCCAUCUGAUUUCCCUCACCCACUCCAUCUGAUUUCCCUCACCCACCCCACCUGAUUCCCUCACUCCACCCCGUCUGAUCUCCGCAGUUACUGAGGGUAUCUUUUCCAAGUGUUACUGUUCUGAGGGGUUGGGGGAGCCUUUAGCCUUUGGGCAGGGGCUAGGCCUGCUGGACUGGUGGCCCACAGGCGUACCAGAGGAUGGAAGACCCCCCAAUUCUGGGUUGGGCUGGCUGUUGUAAACUCCUUGAUAUUUGGUCAGUUCCCCUCGAGCCUCCCACCAGCCAGAACAACUGGUGUUCAGCUGCCUGUAUUUGUGAGUCAAGAGGGGAGUGUCUCAAAUUAAAGCACGUCACCUCUUCCCUCGCACCGGACACAGCGGAGAGCCACAACUUCCAAGCAUGGGAGUCAGAAAUACUCCAGCCAGAUGCUUGGCCGUAGCUAGGAACUUCAGCACAAAGGGGGCAAUCCAGCGGGGAGUGGGAGAUGGACGGACACCACCCUGGCUGCUGAGUUUGGAAUAGUGGGGGUGGGGUGAGGGUAUCUUUCACGGGGCUUGGGUCACGUUGCCCAUAUUCAGGAGGAAGCAUCAAUCCAGGGCCAAAGGUGUCGUGGGUGUCCAAGAAGACCAUUGGAUUCUCUGUGUAAAAGCUGCAGAGUGAGAGAACCCGUUGGGGUGAUUCGGACAAGUAUCCAAGGCAGAGUGUUAAACUUUGUCUUUAGAGCUACACCUAGUUGCCAGGUAUGCAGUACUGGGAAGAGAGGGAGGGGUGAAACAGAACUCAAAUACUACAAUAACAAGUACGGGAGCAAUAAUGUACAGUAGGGCAACCGUGAGAGGAGGCGCAGAGGCUGGUGUCCAGAGCAAUCCUUGUUAAGGGCUCUUGUAGUUCUGUCCCCUUCCCUGGAGCUAGAACUGUUUCCCUGAUAGGUCACGUGGCUUAAACAGCAGAAGUAAUUCCAGUACUUCCAAAGUAUUGCAUUUGACAUGGCCCUCUGUGGACAUGCCUUGCCCAAUUAAUGUUCCUUCCCUCAGUUACCAGGGCUGCCUGAGUAGUUUGGUUGUUCCCUAAAGGCUGAGCUACAAGCACAUUCAGUGCUGUCACGACUUGGCUUGGUUCUCACAGCUUGUGUGAAUGGGGCAGGGCCAGAGUGUGUGAGUGUGUGGCGACCCCUUUCGCCAGCUCCCUGCUUGCCUCGCCUGCACUCCUCGCUGAACAGGGGAAGGGCAAGCAGUUGCCCCAAAUAUUUGUCCUCUUGAAAGCCCAUCUGAGAGAGGAUUGCCCCUCCCCAGGGCAAGGGAGGUGAAUGCCCCUCCGUUUUGUGUUUCAUUAGGGUCGUAGAGCUCUUGGCUUUUGGGGUUCAAUGUCAAACUGGGAAGGGAAAGGUUAAGUCCCUUCACGCCGCUGGGGCGGUUUGUUACUGGUGACCUCCUGAACUAGCAACCUUCCCUUCACAUUCGCACAUGUUGAUCACCACAACCGCAAACCCUCAGAUUACAGCUGGUAACGAAUGUCUGAUUUACAAAUAUCGUCAAUAGUUGAAAUCUUUAUUAGAGAGAGAUUUUUUUAAAAAAAUCACUAACAACACUGUGGCCAUCUUAGCAAUUCUGUAGAGCACUUCAUUUUGACACGAACUUGUGUGAGUUAGAAAAUGGGUAUGUGUCUUUGUUGGUAUGGUCCAGGUUGUUUAAAGGGACUGAAUUCUAUCUUAUUGGCUACUCAAGUUGUCCAAUGUUCAUAUUUAGGGAUUAGCAAACUCUGAUUGAAGUGAGGUUAACUUGUGCAAUCCAGAAUUAGAUUGGACUUCUAUAUUUCAAACAGGGACCCCUGUCUGGAAUGAAGUGUUACCUCAGACUGUACCCUUCAUCUGUCUAGUCCAUUCCAGUUGGUCAGACAAUCCUUCCUCCUUGCAUCAGCUCUCAACCACCUCCCCCACCAUCCUCGGCUGGUGGUUUCAGUGCCCCAGAACAUCCGUAGCUAGGCUGAGAAUUAACAGUAUCCAUGGUAACAUUCCCAAGGAAAUUGUGUGCUGGCUGGUAGACUGCUUGGACGUCCCAAUUUUUGUAAGAUGACACUCCCAAGUUGAGAGAGCAAAUGUCCAUCUGGCACUAACUGAAUUUGAAGCACAUGCAAUAAGGACGCUCUAAGCGAUGGAAGUAAUGGGGAGCAGGGUCAGUGUCUGAGCGUGAAUGGGCAGGCAUCUGGCUCCCAGAUUCCUUCACUUCCGCCUGCAAUUGGAGGGUCUUUCCCUGCUCGUUAGUGCUGUAUGUUGGGGUGAUGUGGGAAAUGUUUCCAUCCAGUCUCCAGCCUUCAGAUCAUGCCCCCUCAGAUUAGACCCUUAUACUGAGGGUUAAAUGAUCCCCACUCAGCCCCUUGACGCUUAACGCAUUGCGUUGGAACAAGAAUGUGAUGUCCACACAGUUGGGAAUGGCCAACAACGUUCUCAAGCAAUGAGGGGCCCUUGGGAAGUUCUGCUACCCAAACUGAGGAGAGAGGACAAAGUCAAACACACCGGGUAGCUCGAUAUGCACGUCUCCCAUUUUGACAGUGCAUCACCCUGAUCCAAAUCCCAGGUGAAGUGGCCACCGUAUUAGCUCCCUGAGAAACUGGAAGGGUCACCUGCCACCGAGGUGGAUAGAGGAUGUUCCUGGGAGGUGGGCCCUGCCACAGAGAGAUCAGAGUGAAGUGGGUAAGAGGAGGAGGGCAGGACUCUGGGGAUGUGUGGCAGAGAGCAGAAGGCAUAGGACUCCCUGGCACACAAGCUCAACGUCUCCAAAAAAUACGUAGAAGGUCGGGGAUAUUUUACCCCCCCCCCCAUCUGAGUUGGAAACCAGACCAAAUGUGCAAAUGCUGACCAACAAUGCAUUUGCACUCUGUAAUGAGGGAGCACAGGGUUCCCGUCUGCACCUUGACCUGGCAUGGCUGACAGGAAAUGUACCUCCCUCAGACUGGGUAGACCCACCCACCCACCCCUCCCCACACACAAUCCGAGGCCACUGCACGGGUUACAACUUCAACAGUUCAUCCAGCCACUCUUCCUGGUUUCUGAGAACACCUAUGUAAAGUAGCUGAGGUUGGAGAAAAUCAUGGAUGGUAACAUGGAGGGUUUUUGUUCAUUUUUGUCAUGAAGAUAUCUUAAAAUCAGAUAGCCCAAUCAAAAGAGAUACCUCAAGGUAAUUACCAGCAUGGUUGAGAAAACCAAUACAUUAAGGCCAAAAAUGUUACUAAUAGUGUCCUAUAGUUUAAGCUUUGUGUUUAAGAAAAAUGUAGCCACGAUGGUGGAUCUGAUGGUUAUUGUGGUGCAAGAAUGAGCUCUAGGGGCUGUGGUUACGGCACUUGUUCAGGGCUGUUGUUGGUCCCUGAAGCAACAUCAGCGAUUCUGUCCUUGCCUCCUGCCUUCCCUGGUCCUGGACUGAUCACUCUCAGUCUAAGCAAAGAGGCCAUCUGCACUGCAGAUGAUAAUGCAAGCACUUCCCCUGACUGGCUGGCUUCUGGAAUUACUUCAAGUCCCCAUCAUUCUGAAGUAGUCCACACGCGGACAAUUCUGUGGUGUGAACCCUUGCAGCCUGGCAAGGGUGUCUGACAGCGGUCUGCUUGCCAACACAUGAUCUCAAUACCCCAUAGAGUAGGACUCUAGUGCCUUGUGCCUGGGGCUACUGGACAGCCUAGUUUUCAACAUUAAGCUGUAGCAAUGAGAAUAGAUUGGAUGACUUCGGCCUGUCCCAGUAAUGGACAAAAUGGGUCUGCUUUUUUCAUUCAUUUUAGCCAAUUGGGGACCUGUUGCGGUGUUAGGUGAAACAACAUUCUCUGAUCUGCUAAAACAUGGAGCAAAGCAGGCCCUCCUGACUUCAUUACUGUGCCUUUGGCAUUGUGAAUGGCCGGGAGUGCGAGACCACAGUGCCAGGCAUCUGACUGGCCUGCCUGGACCCUUCACCUCAUUCAGCUGGUGAGAGGGACCACUUGUCUGUUUGCUCCCCUGGGUUAAAAUAGGGGAGGCCAGGGAGACCAAAUCAGUGGUGACACACGUUGGUGCUGUCCCAUUGUUGUGAGUGUAGACAGUCGAUGGAACCGAGGAUCCUGGAGCUUCCCCAUCUCAGGAUCUUCAGGAGUGACUUGGGAGGAGUUCAUGCAGAAACUACAGUUUUGUGGGGGUCAUCCGUAUGCUUCUAAUAAUUAAGCUUGUGAUGACCCACAUUGAAUAAUCAAGUGUUAGGUCCUGAGUGGAUCCUUCAGGCUUCUCCUUUCUUUUGUCUGCAGCUUCAGACGUAGAGGCACGGAUUCCCAACUAACCCACAUCCCAACUCCUGGCCAGUUGCCCAAAACCUCAAGGCUAGCCAGUCACAGAGCGGUGCAUGCGACAGUUGUCCAGUUGCUAAGGAACCCGGUUACCUGCGUCGACCUCCUUCCUCCCCCACUCCACUAGUGAGAGCUGGGAGAGUGUGAGGUGACAGGUCUGGGAGGAGGUUAGCUUUUCUGCAGUGGUCACGGGACGAUCGCACCAUAUUGGCUCUUUGUUGCUGUUUCCAAAUUGCAAGUGAACUUGUUCCUCAGUGUACAAACUGCAGGCAGUUUCCCUUCCAGAAAAUUGUGGAGGAGGGGGAGAGGGAAUUCUCGAUGGGAGCUUGCAGAGUUCUGGCUGUAGAUGUUGACUGGCUGCCAUCCAUUCCCAAUCUUCCGAGAAGAACAUAGGAACGUGUGCAGGACCACUUUGGGCUUUGGACGUUCAGUGGAUGCUUUGGGACAAUGAGUGUUGAGGUUGUAUAGCAGAGAGAGCUCCUUACCAAGAAAAGGCAAGAAUGGGACCUGGUUUAGUCAAGGUAGUCUCGUGACCUUUGAUUGCUAAUGUGUUCUGGGGAACUUUUUGUUGCUACACAAAUCUGUUCUUGAAUUAAGUGAGGAAGGAUUCCCCUAUCCCAUCCCACCCCCCCCCCCCACCCCCAGAAGUAUCUUCGUGCACCUUUAUGGGAAUGCAGAGGGAAUCAUAAAUGAAGUGUGUCUGGACCAGGAAUGGUUGGCAUACAGAAAUGGCUAAGAAUGAGUUGCUAUAAGCUGUUGUCUCUGUUUUAAGUUAAAUGUCCUGAUAAAAGGCACUUAUUUACUGCACAACCAGUUCCAAAAGAGCAGUUAAAUUCAGUCAUCUGGAGGCUAUCAUUGGGGCGCAGCUGAUCUUUCAGAUUCUGGCCCAUUCUCGAGUCAUUGGGAGAGGCAGAGAAAUGUCCCUGAUCCUGCUCUAUAUCUACAGUCUGGUGUCCAUACCCUCCUCCCUCAUAGAGUCAUUGUGCAGUUUAUUGUGGACACUAAUAGAUCAGAGAUCUACCUCUGGCAGGGGAAAGAGAACACUAGGUGACGUAGUGCAAGAUUGGCUGUCCCUUCCCCCACCCACCUUGCUUAUUAAAUUCAUUUUUUUUUAAAAUAAUGAAGCAGUGAAGAUGGCCAAUUUAUUAAAUAAAAGACUUACUGCGUGUAAAUGAUUCAUACGAUUCCUGUGUUUAUAUGGAGAUUUGAUUCAUUGGUUUAAGAAAAAUUCAAAUGUUUUGUAUAUUCUGUUGUAAGAAUUUCCUCCUGUUAUUUCGAUAUAUUAUGGAAUCUUUUCAUUCGAGAGGAAAAAAAAACUUGUCUAUUUUGACCGGCUAAAGCUAAAGCAAUUCUAGGUUCUUCUUACUUGGCUUUUUUUCUAGUAGUUACAGUACAAGAUUUAAGUUAAA